AUGUACGGACAGAUUGAGUUGGACAUAGAUCUCGAUGACAAGAUUACUCGCAUCAAAGAGAAGGUUGAAGAGCAGUCCGGUGUGCCACCACAGCAGCAAAGGUUGAUCUUCGGUGGGAGACAGAUGCCGGACGACAAGACCGCUAAGGAGUUCAACAUCUCCGCAGGAUCAGUUCUCCACCUUGUUCUUGCUCUCCGUGGCGGCUUUUGA